AUGGCGGGACAGUUACCAAUUAAAUUUCAAGAACAUUUACAGCUUCAAAAUGUCGGUAUCAACACUGCAAAUAUCGGAUUUAGUUCACUUACCAUGGAAUCCGAUAACUUUAUAUGUGUACGCGAAAAAGUUAAUGAUACAGCUUUUGUUAUUAUCAUCGAUAUGACUGAUGUAAAAAAUUCAAUUAAACGACCAAUUACAGCUGAUUCAGCCAUUAUGAAUCCAGCAAGUAAAAUUAUUGCAUUUAAAGCUGGUAAAACAUUACAAAUAUUUAAUAUCGAAUUACGCAGUCGAAUGAAAACAUUCAAUAUGACAGAAGAUUGUAUUUUUUGGAAAUGGGUUAGUGUUAAUACAAUUGGUAUUAUUACCGAAACAUCAGUAUAUCACUGGUCUAUGGAAGGCGAUAGUCAGCCAGUUAAAGUUUUUGAUCGUCAUCAUAGUUUACAAGGUUGUCAAAUAAUUAAUUAUCGUACAGAUGCAUCAUUACAAUGGCUUCUUAUUAUUGGUCUUUUAGCACAAGAUAGUCGUGUUGUUGGUCGUAUGCAACUCUAUUCUGUUGAACGAAAAGUUUCACAACCUAUUGAAGGACAUGCUGCAGCAUUUACACAAUUUAAACUUGAAGCAAAUAAAAAACCGUCGACACUUUUUUCAUACGCUGUUCGUGGACUUCAAGGAGCAGGAAAGCUUCAUAUUAUUGAAAUUGACACAUCAGCACUAGAUAAUCAACCAUUUGAAAAGAAAACUACUGAUAUUCAAUUUCCAGCUGAAGCACCAAAUGAUUUUCCAGUUGCUAUGCAAACAUCAUCAAAACAUGGAGUUAUUUAUCUAAUUACGAAAUAUGGUUAUGUACAUUUAUUUGAUAUUGAAACUGGUUUAUUAAUUUAUACGAAUCGUAUCAGUGCUGAUACAAUGUUUGUAACAGCACCAUAUCGACCAACAUCUGGUAUUAUUGCUGUUAAUCGUAAAGGACAAGUUUUAUCAGUUAGUGUUGAUGAAGAAAAUAUUGUAUCGUAUAUUCGAAAUACAUUAGGAAAUGAUGAACUUGCUUAUAGAAUGGCAGCACGAUGUAAUUUAUCAGGUGCUGAUCAAUUAUUUCUAGCAAGAUUUGCAGAAUUAUUUCAAAGUGAAAAUUAUAGUGAAGCAGCUAAAAUUGCUGCAACAGCUCCACGAGGAAUACUUCGUACUCAACAAACAAUCCAACAAUUUCAAACCGUUCCUCUACAACCUAAUCAACCAUCACCAUUACUUCAAUAUUUUAGUAUUUUAUUAGAAUCAAACAAAUUAAACAAAGAAGAAUCUAUUGAAUUAUGUAAACCCGUUGUAAUGCAAGGAAAAAAACAAUUAAUUGAAAAAUGGUUAAAAGAAGAUAAACUUGAAUGUAGUGAACCAUUAGGUGAUCUUAUUAAAUCAAUUGAUCCAACAUUGGCUUUAUCAGUUUAUUUACGUGGAAAUGUACCAAUGAAAGUCAUUCAAUGUUUUGCUGAAACAGGUCAAUAUCAAAAAAUUGUUCUCUAUGCUAAAAAAGUUAAUUAUCAACCGGAUUAUAUUUAUUUACUUCGUAAUAUAAUGAGAAUUAAUCCUGAACAAGGUGUUCAAUUCGCUCAAUUACUUGUCCAAAACGAAGAACCAUUAGCUGAUUUAACACAAAUUGUUGAUGUUUUUCUUGAAGCAAAUCUUAUUCAACAAGCUAUAGCAUUUCUACUUGAUGUAAUAAAAAAUAAUCGUGAAGAUCAAGGAGAUUUACAAACACGUUUAUUAGAAAUGAAUCUAAUGCAAGCACCACAAGUUGCUGAUGCAAUUUUGGGUAAUAAUAUGUUUACACAUUAUGAUCGAGCACAUAUCGCAUCUUUAUGUGAAAAAGCUGGUUUACUUCAACGUGCACUUGAACAUUAUACUGAUUUAUAUGAUAUUAAACGAGUUGUCGUACAUACACAUCUACUCAAUCCUGAAUGGCUUGUAAAUUAUUUUGGGCGAUUAUCAGUUGAUGAUUCUUUUGAAUGUUUAAAAGCAAUGCUUCAAGCAAAUAUUCAACAAAAUUCACAAGUUGUAGUACAAAUUGCAACAAAAUAUCAUGAACAACUUGGAACACAAAAACUUAGUGAAUUAUUUAAUUCAUCUACAGGGUGUUGGUGGGUAUGA